AUGCGCACGCAUACCUGCGGUGAUCUGGACGCCACAAACAUCGACCAGCAAGUGAGGCUAUGCGGCUGGGUGCAAAAUAUCCGCGUUCUUUCAGACACCUUGGUCUUUGUGCAACUGCGCGACGCCUACGGGACUAUGCAGCUGCUGGCUGAGCAAAGCAAGAUCCCCCAGUUUGAAGAGCAAAAGCGCUUGCUCGAGCAAUUGAACACUGAUUCUCUGAUCAAGGUUAUCGGAAAAGUUGUGCGGCGGCCAGAGGGGAUGGCCAAGACCACCGCGCAGACGGGCGAAAUCGAGCUACUGGUCGAUCAGAUUCAAGUGUUGAAUAGCGCAGAGCCAUUGCCAUUCAAUCCGCAUGUCAAAAACAAGCUGCCUAGCGAAGAUACGAGGUUGGCACACCGGUAUCUUGAUCUGCGCCGACCCGAGCUCCAGCACAACAUCCGCGUGCGCUCAAAGGCCACCAUGGCCAUUCGCCAGUUCAUGGAUGACAACAGUUUUGUGGACAUUGAAACGCCAAUGCUUUUCAAAUCAACACCGGAAGGUGCACGAGAGUUCCUUGUGCCGACCAGGAUCGACGAUGGGGCCUGUUACGCACUUCCGCAAAGUCCCCAACAGUUUAAGCAGAUGCUGAUGGCCGCCGGAUUCGACCGCUACUAUCAAGUCGCUCGCUGCUUCAGAGACGAAGAUUUGCGCGCCGAUCGCCAGCCAGAAUUCACCCAGAUUGACGUUGAAAUGUCGUUCAUCGAAAAGACAGACAUCCAGCGCGUCAUGGAGCAGCUAAUAAAGCGCGUAUGGAAGAUAAUCAAGGGUGUUGACGUUGCCGUGCCAUUUGGGCGCAUGUCCUUUGCGGAAGCCACCAGCAAGUACGGAUCAGAUAAGCCUGAUACCCGGUUUAGACUUGAAAUUGCUCAGCUGACGACAAUUCACAAGGUCAGCAAUCAGGGCUUUUCUGGCCUCAGCAAGGCGUCGCUGCUUGCCCGCUGGCUUGAGUCGGCCAAUGCGGCCAACGGUCAAGACGUGCAGCAUGUUCGGUCGCUUAUGAACUCGAUCUCAGUCAGACCCGGGGACCUGGUAUUUGUCAGCGAGCGGUCGUUGUACGUGACCCCCGCGAACACGACACUGGGCCGGAUCCGCACACUGGCAGGCAAGAUUUUACAGGAUAAGGGUCACCUGCACGUUCAAAAGGACCAGUACUGCUUCCUGUGGAUUGAGGACUUCCCCCUAUUUACGCGCGAAGUCGACGACGCGCAUGGACAGCUGUCGGCCACACAUCAUCCGUUCACUGCGCCUGUCGAAAAGGACCUCCAGCUGCUGUACACAGAUCCGGCAAAGGUUCAUGGCCAGCACUAUGAUCUGGUCCUCAACGGAGUCGAGCUCGGUGGCGGAUCCAUCCGCGUACACGACCCGAAAAUGCAAAACCACAUUUUCGAGAACAUUCUCAAGCUUUCGCCCGAGGUUCAGGCCAGCUUUGACCACCUAGUGACGGCACUUGGCCAUGGCUGCCCGCCUCACGGAGGCAUUGCACUUGGUCUUGACAGAUUGGUUGCCAUAUUAACGGAUUCCCCGAGCUUGCGCGAUGUCAUUGCCUUCCCCAAGUCUGCCAAUGGCCGUGAUGUGUUCAUGCGCUCGCCGGCAAUGGCGACCAGCGGCCAGCUUUCAGAGUAUGGUCUCCAGGUCAAACCGUCACCUGCGAGUAGGGCUGGUGCAAAUGCUGACUGA